CGAGCAAGGUCCGCAGCGGUCCGCGAAUUUGUGAAACACUAUUAUGUCUCGCAAGCGUCGACGUUCUCAGGCUGUUCCUGCUGAGGAGGAGCGCUACGAAGAGCGUGCGUCGGAUUCUGAUACUGCUGGAGAAGAACAUAACUCCGAAGAACGGAGGAAGGAACUCGAGAUUUGGGAUGCAUUCAAGGAGGAACAUCAUGAAAUACUCGAGCAACUUCCAUUGUCUCUUCACCGCCAGUACACACUCAUACGUGAACUAGAUGACCAAAGUAACACCUACCAUGCAGACUUAUUGGACAAUGUGCGAAAAUAUAUUGCGCUGCGUAUACAACUUACAUCGCGGCGGGGUAUGAUCUUCGAUGCAAAGCAGAGCAAGAUGACCAUACUAGCUACGUCAGAUCCAGAGGCCAUGCAGGAUUCGCCUCAGGCAGCAGGCUUGCCACCUCGAGACGAACAAGUCAACAUUGACUCGCCCGUUGAAGUACUGAAUGACACACAUAAUGCAAGACCUGUUGCUUCUAUCACACCAAGUCUGGAGUUAUCUAUCGAGCCACUCUCUUCAGGAAAAACAACUCGGAUAUUGCUGCAACAUAUCGCGCAGGUAUCAGAAGAGGCCCUCCGUGCAUCAGAGGAGAAGGUGAAUAUUGCACAAACUGCUUAUGAAACGGUUGACCGACAUAUCCGCCUUUUGGAUCAAGCUAUCAAGGAGCAAGAGGCAUCCAUCUCUCUUGGAAUUCGUCCAGGGACGCAUCUCGCGCCGAUACUUCUUCCUGAUCUUGUCGUACCGCGCUGGGUACGCCCGACCCGUAUGGAACGUAGCCCUACGCCCUCACUAUCCCCAGAGCUUUCCACCAUCCUUCUUCAAGAAUCUACAGAAGAGCCAUCUACAGAGUCUGUGAGACCCGGCAGGGGUAGAAAGGCGCGCAAGAAACCGGAGCCAGAAUCUGAGACUCCGCCACCACUUCCUGAGGAAGUUUUGAAAAUACCAGCCACUCGCACGACGAGGAGUGUGAAGCUGAAGAUUCCAGCUCAAGCUCAAGCAGAUCCGAACGAGCCGAGGUAUUGUUAUUGUAACCAGGUGUCAUACGAGACGAUGAUCGCUUGUGACAGCGAUACUUGCAAGUUGGAAUGGUUCCACUUGCCGUGUACUGGCCUUAGUGCAGUCCCCAGUUCAACGAAGAAAUGGUAUUGCCAAAAUUGCCUACUAAAGAUGACACAGAAAGGGAAAAAACGAUGA